AUGAAGUUCGCGUUAUUACUGGUGGCCAUCUGUAUGGUCCUAUGCCUAGCCUCUGGGAUAGAGAAUAACACAGGACGAAGACUUGUGAAUCGUCCAAAAUUCGACAUAUAUGGACAUCGACAGAAAAGAUCAGCAGUUGAAGGUGUUAAAGGAGGAGUACGAGUUCAUCCCCUAUUCGAAUUCCCAAGGAGGAAGCCAGACUUAAGCGUAAGGAAAGGAGAAUACAUAUGCGGCAACAAAGUCUGCAAGUUGGAGCCUGGAGUGGUACCGAAGAACUGUAAUGGGAUGUGCCAGUACCCGAUAUUACCAAAACUAAAUGAUAAUUAA